CCUAUUAACAAGAAACGACGUGUAGCGCUGUUUAAACUGCUUUUUGGGAAGACACUGUCCCGUACAACCACUUGAUUAUUUUUGUCGGUUGUAACUCUAUGUAUCAUUAUGCUGUACUCAUAAAUUCGGCUAUUUACCAGAUCAUAAUAUGUGCUCAUUAUUAAAUCAUGUCCAAUUCAUAUUGCAAAUUAACAUGCUAAUCAUAAGAUGACAUAUGCAGUAUAACAGGCGAUAAGAAAGAUCAAUAAACUGGGAAACAGCACAACUUUGGAGGAAAAAUGUUCAGAAAAAAGUGUAGCUUUCUUAGAAUCAAAAAAAUUUAGAACAGAUAGCCUAGAACAAUAGCUCAGAUAGAAAUCUGAGCACCAUUGUUGCUGAAGAUUUUGAGAAAAUCACUGUUAAAAUAGUUUCAUGAACCCAGUGCAUCUGAAAGUGUUUUUCAUCGCUUUGUUACAUUGUGUUGCAGGUACCAUAUCCAUGGCACGCUCGAGACAUGAUAGUACUGGGUCCACGCCUGUGGAACAGUACCGUAAGCAGAUAGCAAGACAAGACUCCAAAAAGAGCAAGGAGAUAAUGAGAGAGACAAAGCACAGGGCAGAAAAGAAGGAAAAUGCUCCUGCACAGUAUAAGGAGGUGAGCAUCAUGGUUGGAGCUAUGUUGGCACUAUGUGUCUGUGUAUAUUGCAUUUUUUAUGCUUUGCUUGCUGAUCGUUCACAUUAAGAACAAUAGUACUACACUGCACUAUUUGCUUAGUCUGAAAAAUGAUUGAUUCCUUGCUUUUAUACUUUAAGAAUAACAAGUUUAUAUUUAUAAGACUAAAGUCUCCAAUUACACAGGUGUUAAGAAUCAAAUGAAUGUUUUUAUGUCACCAUGACACAUUGAAAUAAUGGAAAAUAACAUGACAUCUAUGAUCUCGUUUGGUAUUUUCUGUAUAAAUACAACAUAAAAUAUUUGUUAUUUGGAUUUUCUUAUAGUGGAAUUAAGUACUGUAAUUUGUUGUGAAAGAGACUGAUUAUACAUUACCAUAAGGAUGCCAUAGUCGUGUAAAAGAUAUUUUUAAUGUGGUUUUAUAUAAGACUUUACUGUGGUAUUUCAAAUUUUGCUGAUGGCAUCAAUUCCUAUUUUCUGUAAAAUUUUACAAAGUCAAAUAAACCACCUCAGGAAAAAAUCUAUUUACUG